CUGAAGAGAGAGAGAGAGAGAGAGAGAGAGAGAGAGUAUGUAGAGGGGUAUAUAUUUGGGAAAGUAUGGUUUCCUUGGUGGUAGCCUUACAAAUAGGUGAAUAGAGCAAAUGGUGUGUGAUACUUCUCCUUACAAGGAGAAAUAGAGAGGAAGGGGUUUUAUUGGAGUGUGUAGGAAAAUAAGAAUACCCAUUUGAAGAAGAAGAAGAAGAAGAAGAAGAGGAGGAGGAGGAAGAAGAAGAAGAAGAAGAGGAAGCCAUAUUUAUGGAGGAACAGCUCAACCCAUUAGCUGUUACCCAUCUCCUCCAACACACCCUUAGAAGCUUAUGCAUCCAUGAGAAUUCCCAGUGGGUGUAUGCAGUGUUUUGGAGGAUCUUACCCAGAAACUACCCACCACCCAAAUGGGAUCUUCAAGGAGGGGCUUUUGAUAGGACUAGAGGAAACAGGAGGAACUGGAUUCUGGUGUGGGAAGAUGGGUUCUGCAAUUUCGCAGCUUCAACGUGCGAACAAGCGAUGCUCGGCUGCGCGGCGGGCUCGUCGGCCUACGGCGACUACAAACAACCGCAGCAAACGAGAGGCCUUCAACCUGAGCUCUUCUUCAAGAUGUCUCAUGAGAUCUACAACUACGGAGAAGGAGGUGUUGGAGGAUCUGAGCUACGUAGUCCUCCUCCGCAAGAAGUUCAGCUACCUGGAGAGCAUCCCCGGCGUGCUCCUACCGCACCCGUCGUCCUCCGCCUUCCCGGUGAGCGCCGCGCCGGACAAUUGGUCGGCCCCGCCGCCGCCGAUGGACCAGUUCUACGACGGCCACCUCAACCAGCAGGUCCGGAUCCUGCCCUCGAUGAGCAGCCUCGAGGCGCUCCUCUCGAAGCUCCCCUCCGUCAGCCCCGGGCCGUCGGGGCCGGCGUCCCCGUCUUGCUACGAGAUGCCCGAGCUCGCCGCGCCGGGCGUGGCGGCGCCGGGGUUGAUGAUGGGGAUGGAGAGGGUGGUGGCGGCUAAGGAGGAGGAGAUCGAGGAGGAGGAGGAGGAUGAGGAGGAGGGGUACGGGCACGAGAGGAGCAUGGAGUUGGGCGGCGAGAGCAGCGGCUCCAUGCACUACUAUGUCAAUGUUGGUAACAGUCGACCCAGUGAGUCUGGGUUUUAGUUCGUGGCAGGUUUUUCACAUUUUCGGGGGGAGUGAUCUAAGUGAAGAGUCGUGAAUAGAGCUAGCUCAUCGUAGUUCGUUUCUCCAUUCUCCAAUCUGGGAAGGAGGAUUUAUAUAUGGUCCUUGUACUGAUAUCAAUUUUCCCUCUGUUAAUUUGAGUCCCCCUCAUCAA